AUAACAAUAACAACAAUAACUAGAGCUGCAGGUUGAAUUCUAGACAGAUUGUGGUUGUCGCUCUGGCGAGGGCGAUAAGCCAAGCAGAAGCAGCAACAGAAAGCCUUAGACAAGCCCCACUCGGCAUAUAAUAAAUGAACGGGGCGAUUAAAAAUUCAGUGCCCUGGAGACUAGCGUUAGAAGUGCUUCUAGAGAGAGGGGAAAAUAUUAGCAAUGGCCACGUACGAGGAUGUUAAAGAUGUGCCCAAUCAUCCGGAAAUCUAUUUGAUCGAUGUGCGCAAUCCUGAGGAGUUGGAGGAGUCGGGGCGCAUACCGGCCAGCAUUAAUAUACCCUUGACUACUUUGUCCGAUGCCCUGAAUAGCGAGCCAGACGAUUUUCAGAGUAAAUAUGGCCGUGCGAAGCCCGAGAAAGAUGCCGACAUUAUUUUCACAUGUCGAUCCGGACGACGUGCAUCGGAAGCUGAGAAAAUAGCCAAGGAUUUGGGUUGGUCCAACAUACGCGUAUAUCACGGCUCUUGGCUGGAUUGGGCCCAAAGGGAAGGUCUAUCUGGCUAAGUCAGCGGACAAUCUCAGUACCGCUGGCUAACCAACAUUUUUUGGCAAUGGAUUAGACUACUUAUUACUUCAAUUAGAUACAUACAUGUGUAUAUUAACUUUCGAAUACCUGUGAGUUUUUUAGCCGAAUUCAAUAAACAUUUGAUAAAAUAAAUUAUUUAGUGCCACGACAGAUUGGCAGGAAAAUAUGAA